GGUGCUUAAAAGAAAAAGGUUGUUUCAUCUCAAGGAAACACCCAGUACUGCUAAUAAAAUGGCUUCUCUGUAAUAGUCCUAGAAAGGAGAUCAAAGGAGAUAAGAUCAGACUGGAGGGAGAUAACAUCAGCCGGAAUGGUGCCAGAAUUAACAAUAAGGAAAACAAGCACAGGUGAAUUCAGUAGGUGUGAAAGUUACUGGGCCUGUUGGGCUGGUUGGUGCUCAGGCAGCUGUGGAGAAACACACCCAGGAGAAAGCCUGUUUGCCCCGUGGGCUCACAGAGCUCAGCUCUGCCGCUGCCACCACUGUCACCUGGAAAGCAGCAGGUACCCAUGUGCAUGAUAAACAGGUCUGGCUGAGCCCAGCACCUGCAGAACCUUUGCUGGAAAAGGAAGGGACUUCCACAAGGCUGUCUGCAUGUGGAAACGACCUCCUCUGGCACAGAAAAUGGACCAGAAGGUCUCCCAGGAGGACAGCCAGGAGGACAAGGCUGAAACUCUGCUCAUCUGCAAAGUCUAGCUCCACGCUUCUCAGAGGCUGAAGGACUAUCUUGGUUUUGUGGAUCCUCAGAGCAAAUUCCAGCCAGCCACAAACACGCUGAGCGAGAUCUUUUUGGUCAACUUCAUCAGCUUCUGCGUGGAGAAGGGAGCAGAGGAGCUCAUUGUGACCAGCAAAAUGACCAGGCAGCAGUCCUGCCUCUUCGGGGUGGACUGGAUCUAGACUCUGUUUGGAGCUGACAAGCAGAUCAAGCUUCAGAUCGCCGUGCACGCUCUACAGCUGGCAGAGCUUUUCUGUGCGGAAGGCGGCCCUGCGGAGGAGGAGGAGGAGGACUGCUGCUGGGAAGCCGCGCUGGCAGACGACUGCUUCCAAAACGUGAGCCGGUUCGGGAAGUUGGCAGAGUUCUGCCGCCUGGUGGGGCAGGACUGCCUGGGCUUUUUCGGCGUGUUCAGCGUGCCAGGGAAGCCCAAGGACAUCCGAGGAGUCCUGCUGGACAGUAUUGCCAGGGAGGAGCAGAAAUGCCGCCUGUCGGGCAGAAACGCGCUGCGGCAAUUUGUGACCAGCACUGACAGAACCCUGCCCACGAAGGACAUGCUGGAAAACUGCCUGGGCACAAACAGCGGGCUGAGGGAGGUGGGCAACGUGUACAUAAACUUUGUGUAA